AUGUAUCUCGUUGUCACCCCGGAGAAUAUAGUCUGCCAUAUUGCAGAUGCUUCCCUCGUCACACAGAUAUGCAACGCACGGCAAAGCUUCCCCAAGCCAGUCUGGCAAUAUACAAUGCUCAAUCUGUACGGACCAAAUCUAGUCACAUGUGAAGACCAAGCUUGGGCGCAUCACAGGCGUCACGCAGCACCCACCUUCAACGAGAAGAAUAAUGCACUUGUCUGGCAAGAGUCUAUCCGUCAGGUGACAGAGAUGCUCGAUCACUGGCAGACAUCAGGCACAUCAGGGAAGCUGCAGGGUUUCGUGGUAGCGAGUACGAGAGGAGACCUUCUAAAUUUCAGUCUGAAUGUCCUCUCUGGUGCCGGCUUCGGGAUGAAACUUCCCUUCAAGCCAUUACCACAGGAGUCGACUAACGACCCUAAUGACAUGUUCAAAGAUACGGUAAAGCCCCCGGAGGGAUUCAGCUUCACCUUCCGGUCUGCCGUGGCGUACAUGAACCUAAGAAUCAUGACAGUAGUUUUGGCGACUUCCAUGCCGAGAUGGAUCCCUAGAGCAUUGAUUCCAUGGCUCAAGUCGGACUUUGAAGCUCAUAGGGACUUAGAGGCUUAUUUGCGAGAAUUGAUCAGCACUGGUAAAGCGGAGAAGACAGCUGACAGCAGUCAAAACUUGAUCCAGGGACUGUUGUUGUCCAGAAUCAAGGAGGGAGCAAGUGGGAGUUCGAAAGGCACUGGCUUGACCGAUUUGGAAAUCAUUGGGAAUAUGUACAUUUUCACCAUUGCGGGACACGAAACCACGGCAACCUCUUUGAGAUUUACUCUGCUGCUCUUGGCAUUGCACCAGGAUGUCCAAGACUGGCUAUACGAAAACAUCCUCGAGGCAACUCACGGCGAGCCUGAAGACGUUGCUUACUGGGAUUAUCAUCGCAUGUUCCCUAAGCUGAUUGCGCCGUUAUGCGUGAUGCUUGAGGUCCUUCGCCUUUACCCCCCGGUAGUGACGGUCCCUAAAAGCACGUCUGAAACCCCAAGUCCCCUCAACUAUCAAGGCAAGCAAUACCUUUUACCGUCGCGAGCCAAUGUCAACCUGAACGCAAAUUGCCUCCAUUAUUUAGAAGAAUACUGGGGUCCAGAUGCUGCAGUGUUCUAUCCUCAAAGAUGGGAUGCAAGAAACCAGAACAGCUUUCUAGCGAAGAAUGCGUUGACACCAGGACUUGCUGCACCUGGUCUAGAGUAUCCUAUUAUUCACAAACCGGUAAGGGGAGCAUUCAUCCCUUUCAGCGAUGGAUUCCGGGCUUGUCUGGGGAAGAAAUUUUCCCAGGUCGAAUUUGUUGUCGUGUUGUCAGUCCUUUUCCGUGAUUAUAAGGUCGAACUUGCAGAUGACAGCCCAGAAGCUCGUAAGGAUGCUGAAAGAGUGCUGCAAGAGAGUGUCUCAGUGUUGACGCUAUCGAUGAGAGAGGAUGUCCCACUGCGGUUUCAGAGGAGAAAGGACUAG